GUAGCUCGGUACCCGAGCCAGCAUUUCGUGACGCCGAUCUGUGCGCAGUCCAGAAGGGGAGUGUUAUUACAUGCUGCGCUGUUGGGGGUUCGGAAGCGCACAGCGCAGGCGCUGUAAGGAGACGUAUGGUUGAAAACCACCAGCUAUGCCGCGGAGUACUGGAACCAGCAGUUGCUGCCAAAUGCGACUGAUCAUAAUAUUGAACUCGCUGAAACAGAACCGACUGCGGACAUAAAGAAGGAAAGGGGACAGAUAUAUUGCAACGCAUCGCGACACAUCCUGGGAUAUCUCUUUCCCCCUCCUCUCCAUCUCGGUGAAACUCGACUGGGCAGCGAUACAUUUCUCUUGAAUGAUGUUUUUCUCCAUCUGAGACACAAGGAUUUAUUUCAUUUCAGUUUUGUUUUGUUGACUUUUUUUGUAAAUAAAGAAAACAAAGAACAACAAUAAAGGGGUCAUUAUGAUGUUGUUAACAUUCAAUAGUAGAAGACAUUUGAAUUGUUUUUAUCCAGGGGUGUGCUUGCAAUUUUUUCUGUGGAUUUUAUGUGCCGUGUAUGGCGAAGAGCAGCCGUUCAGCGUGGAGACCUGGCUGCAGAGAUACGGCUAUCUGCCCCGCACCGACCCCCGCAUGGCUGUGCUGCGCUCGGCCCAGACCAUGCACAACGCUAUCGCUGCCAUGCAGCGCCUGUACGGCCUCAACGUCACCGGCACCCUGAACAGGAGGACCGUAGAUGAUGUCACACUGAGCUGGAUGAAGAAGCCUCGGUGUGGGGUCCCGGACCAGCAGGGAGGGGGCUCAAAACUGAACGUGAGGAGGCGACGCUAUGCCCUCACGGGGCAGAAGUGGCAACACAAGCACAUCACAUACAGCAUAAAGAACGUCACCCCCAAAGUGGGCCUGGCCGAGACGCACAACGCCAUCCGGCGGGCGUUCGACGUGUGGCAGAGCGUCACGCCGCUGCGCUUCGAGGCCGUGCCCUACAGCGCCCUGGAGAACGGCAAGCGGGACGUCGACAUCACCAUCAUAUUCGCCUCGGGUUUCCACGGCGACAGCUCGCCCUUCGACGGGGAGGGCGGCUUCCUGGCGCACGCCUACUUCCCCGGGCCCGGCAUCGGCGGGGACACGCACUUCGAUUCGGACGAGCCCUGGACCCUGGGGAACCCCAACCACGACGGAAAUGACCUCUUCCUGGUGGCGGUGCACGAGCUGGGCCACGCCCUGGGCUUGGAGCAUUCCAACGACCCGACCGCCAUCAUGGCGCCCUUCUACCAGUACAUGGACACCGAGAACUUCAAACUGCCUUACGACGACCUUCAGGGGAUCCAGAAAAUCUACGGUCCCCCAGACAAGGCCCCCCAGCCGACCCGGCCGCUGCCCACGGCCCCGCCCCCCCGCUCGCCCCCGUCGGACCCCCGAAAACACGACCGCCAGACCCGCCCCCCGCGCCUCCCAGCGGGGGACAAGCCCGCACACCCCAACGCCAAGCCCAACAUCUGCGACGGCGGCUUCAACACGCUGGCCAUCCUGCGCAGGGAGAUGUUCGUCUUCAAGGACCAGUGGUUCUGGAGGGUGCGGGACAACGCCGUCAUGCCGGGGUACCCCAUGCAGAUCGCCUACUUCUGGAGGGGGCUUCCGCCCAAGAUCGACGCCGUCUACGAGAACAGCGAGGGGAAGUUCGUGUUCUUCAAAGGGAACAGAUUUUGGGUGUUCAAAGACACCACGCUGCAGCCCACCUACCCCCAGGAUAUCUCCAUGUUCGGGAGCGGAAUGCCCACGCAGAGCAUUGAGACAGCCGUGUGGUGGGAGGAUGUGGCCAAGACAUACUUCUUCAAAGGGGACAGGUACUGGCGAUACAAUGAGGAGAUGAGGACCAUGGACCCUGGGUACCCCAAACCCAUCACAGUGUGGAAAGGUGUUCCAGACUCCCCCCAGGGGGCCUUUGUGGACAAAGCCAACGGUUUCACGUACUUCUACAAAGGGAAAGAGUACUGGAAAUUCAACAACCAGAAGCUGAGGGUGGAGCCGGGCUACCCCAGGUCCAUCCUGAAGGACUUCAUGGGCUGCGACGAGUCUCAGGACCCCGAGCGGGACUGGCGCCCCCCGGAGGAGGACGUGGACAUCGUCAUCAAGCUGGACAACACGGCGGGCACGGUGAAGGCGGUGGCCAUCGUCAUCCCCUGCAUCCUGGCGCUGUGCCUGCUGGUGCUGGUCUACACCAUCUUCCAGUUCAAACGGAUGGGCACUUCCCGCCACAUACUGUACUGCAAGCGCUCCAUGCAGGAGUGGGUGUGAGCUCAACCACCCCCCACCCCCCCCCCCAAAACCCCACCUACCCCCCACCUCCACCUCGCCCUCCUCCGAAAUAAAACGAGGCGUCGGCGUCCUCGGGUGUCGACCUUGCGGACUGCGGGUGUGUUCCCUCUCACCCUCCCUCCCGUCUUUGUUUUGAAAGGAGGGGUUGCGCUGGCCUUUGCCUCUGCCUCCUCACUCCCCAAAACACGCCCCCCCCCCACCCCCCCCCCCCCCCCCAAGAUGGGAGAGGCUACUUACUCCCUCUUCCCUAAAUGUGGGCAGUGCAGCUGUGCAGUGGGGAAAUGGGGUAAGGGUUCGAUGACGCACUGUGACGUCCCUUGCCGCGUGAGGACUUCCCGCCAGCUGGAUGAAGCCUGCUGGUGCCCGGGUCUUGCGCUAGUGCACGCUCAAAAUUGCGCUAGCUAAAAUGGCUAGUCAACAAUUACUGACCAGUUACUUUUUUUUUUGUCUAAUAAUUUAUUUACACCUCUUUUACCCCAUUAUUAAUCCCUUAGAACAUCUUACUUCUUUAAAUUCACACACCCUAACCAAAUAAAUCCUUCCUCUCCAAAGAAGAUUUCAUUUUUUUAAAUGUUUUUAAUUUAGAUUCAUUGUUCACUGUUUAUUUUUCCCUUCUUUCCACUCUUGAUCCUUUGUAGUGAUUGGGGUCAAGGACUUUGACUGUUCUGGCAGUCUGUCUCAAAACAGGGGCCAAAAUACUCUGCAAUAUUUUUUAGCCGCCUUAAUUAUAGAUUGCGUUUUUUUAAAUCUUUUUUCUCAUUCGCUGCUUUGUCUUUUUCACUUUUUCUUUUAUUUUUUUGUUGGGUGAGCCAGUGUGGUGGGACAAGUACGAAAGCUAGCUGGUGUCCUUUUCCGCUGCGGCUGAUUUAUGGACAUUGUUCGGUGAAAUUAGCCGAGAGUCACCGGGGCCAAGUCGGGAAAGACCAGCCAGGCCGUAUUUCAGAGUGAAACAUGAGCGAUGGAGAAGAAAUGCGCUCCAUGUCUGAACCGUCCACAAUGACUGUGUGGUAAAUGACUGCAUUCAACCGCUGCCUGCUGGACUCGGUGGAAAAAGAGCAAAAAUGCGAAUCAGCUUGCGAAUGGACGAAUGUGCGCUCGCCCUCCCUCACUCUGAGUGCUCAUUCACGAUCCAAGCGUCGCUUCAAAACCCCACAUUUUAACGUGACAUCACCAGGAUUUGUGCCAUUUAGCAUCUUCACAGAAUGUCUUUUUUUUUUUUUUUUUUUUUAAAUCUGGGUCGCCCAGAUAGGGUAUGUCCAGGUGGAGGUUGGAGUGAGCGUCUUUUCGCUUCAGUGCUCGCUAACUUCCUGUUCCUCUUGGACUCGGCCUGACUUUGCCUACUGUAUCAAAAAUUGAAAAGACAAAGCAAAAAAUGUAAAAAAAAAAAAAAAAUUCAAACAGGUUAACGACAGAGGAUGAAAAGUAAGAAGAGGAAAGGAAAUGUUUUCAAAGCGUUUGAAGCAUUUGAAGUGGGUUUGGAGUUUUAGGCUGGGUCAACCAGCCUUGGACUAGCGCUCAACUCCCAGUUGGGUGGGGACCGAGCGAGAACAGUGACAGGACCGUUUCUGGAAUCUUCCGUGUUCCUCUCUCUCGUCUUUGCCUCUCUUUUUGCUGUUUGUGUCCCGGCACGGUUAAAGAGAUGGAAAAGGGUCACCGUGAAACCUCACCAUCUAAAGUGGUACAUUUCAAAAAUCGGGUGGGGGCGGAGGAGGGUUACCAAUGAACCCCUAACGCUCUGCAGCAGAGUGGGACUUUUCUGGGGUGGGAUUGGAGAUUCCCUGCCUCGGCUGCUGUCGAACAACCGGGUUUGUGUGAGAACUACAGUAUCCGAUUCACUAUAUUGGUUUCCUGUUUUGCUUCGGCAGCGUCAUCGUGAGACUCUGAACAAUGUGUGUGUGUGUGUGUGUGCGUCUGUCUGUACGAGUUUCAGAUCAAGGGGGCCCAUUGGUCAGAAAUGGAUCAACGCAGUUCCAUCAGCACAUGACAAAAAAGAAGAAGAAAAAAAUGCCUUGAACCUCGUUCUCAUGUUGUAUCAUAUGUAUGUACUGUAGGCGAUGUGAACAGUUAAGGAAAUCUGUCGGUCAUAUUUAACAUUACCUUGAACGUGUAGGAGCGGUCUCUCCUGCGGUCUCUCUGACCUUUUGGUAGCGUGAGCCGCGUGCUGUGCGAUGUUUGCCUCAGAGGUCGGGGCGAAGGAGCCGCUUAUCUAGGGAAAAGAUGAAUAAACCCAUCCUUCGCUGAUCUUGUCUUUCCUGGUAAACAUGAGAAAAAGACUCUCGGUGUGCACACGAAAGCAACGAGAUUGCAUUUUUCUUUGUAUGUGUUUUUAUCAUUUUUUCUGGUUUAUUAUUAUUAUUAUUUUUUUUUUAAGAUUCAAGAAAUUUGUCUUUUCAAUAAGUCCGUGCAUCUGAGAUUGUACAUAGAAGCCUUUGCACCGUGAUAUGUAUGUGAUGCUGGUUAUUUCAGCAUAACGUCAAAGGAAAGGUUCAGGGAUUUUUCACACCCCUUUUCCCCCCAGAUCAUUAGUACCUGGAAGCUGUUGAGAUUCCACUGCUAACAAAAGGCCAGAGAGCUUCUACGUCACAAUCCCAUCCGAGUGGGAUUGACAGUAGGAAUAAGAAUAUUUAAAGGAGGGUUUUAAUGUUUACAAAUUGCAAUUGCUGAUGUACCUUGGGAAUGCUGUGGACUGUCUGUUUUUGUGGCACAACAUCACAGUCUUGAAUUUCUUUCCCUUACCCCUCCCCCUCCUCCCCUACAAAAAAGUAAAGAAAAAUCAUAUCAGUCAGAGAUUGAAGGACUGUGCAUGUUUGUUGCUUCAUAUUUUUUAUUAUUUUGGAGUCGGGACAUGAUCUCUCUCUCCCUGGUUUUUUUUUUUUUUAUGUCUUAAUUUUCUGUGGUUUUGUUCCUUUGGGGAACCGAUAAAGAGCUUUUUUAUACUGUUUUAUUUUUUCUUUCAUUUUCUGUGCUCGGCGUUACUGUCUUGUUGCGUUGUACUAAAAAAAGAGCCAUCUCGUGGAUCAAUAAAUGGAUCUAAAUAUGCUGAA